GAACAAGAUUUACCGGGGACCUCAAAAACGUUUGAACGCACGUUUGACGACACGUACUUAUCAAGCGCAAAUAUAACUUUGCUGACCAUGUGUUGUGUGAAAAAUGGCAACAAACACGCUCACAUAUGAUGGUUGCAAUUACCUUAGACAAAGACUGAUCUUAUCCACUCUUAGUGGGAAAACAGUCAAGGUGAAAAAGAUACGAUCAAAGGAAGAUGAUCCAGGAUUGAAAGAUUUUGAAGCAAGUAUCAUCCGACUGUUAGACAAAUUAACCAAUGGUUCGAAGAUUGUUAUAAGUGAAACAGGUACAAGUCUACUGUACCAGCCUGGACUUCUGAUUGGUGGGAAACUGGAACAUGAAUGUAACACGCAGCGCAGCAUAGGCUACUACUUAGAGGCACUUAUGUGUUUGGCUCCUUUCACCAAGAAACCAAUCAAAGCCAUCCUCAGAGGGGUCACCAAUGACCAGAUUGACCCUUCUGUGGAUUUGAUCAAGUUGUCAACAAUACCAGUUUUGAAGAGAUUUCUUGGAACAGAUGAAGGAUUGGAACUUAAGAUCACAAGACGAGGGGCUGCACCAGAGGGUGGAGGAGAGGUAAUCUUUAACUGUCCAUGUCGACAGAAGCUCCGUCCUCUACAAUUGACAGAUCCCGGUAAAAUCAAACGUAUUCGAGGUGUGGCCUGGGCAGUGCGAGUGUCACCAGUGACCACUAAUAGGAUAGUGGACUCCGCUCGCAGUAUUCUCAACAAAUUCCUCCCAGAUAUUUACAUAUACACCGACCACUUCAAAGGCAGUCAGUCAGGAAAGUCUCCAGGGUUUGGACUGACUCUUGUUGCAGAGACCCUCCAGGGGUCAUUUUUGUGUGCAGAAGCCGCAUCUAAUCCCAAGGGUUCUACCAAGGGUCCAACAAUACCAGAGGACCUUGGGAAAGACACUGCCAAGCUACUACUGGAGGAAAUUUACAGGGGAGGUUGUGUGGACUCGACCAAUCAGAGCCUGACUGCAUUAUUCAUGGUGCUAGGACAACAGGAUGUGUCCAAGGUUCAAUUGGGGACACUCUCUCAGUAUACGAUACAGUUUUUGCGUCACAUAAGAGAUUUCCUUCAAGUCAUGUUUAAAGUUGAGCAAGAACCGAAAAAAGAUGAUGACGACGAUGAUUUACAGCUUGGUGGAGAAAAAGUGAUUAUGACGUGUGUAGGAGUUGGGUACUCAAAUGUUAGCAAGGCAAUAACAUAACUGUUGGCAACAGCAGGUGUUUGUGAGACCAACAGCGGAGACAGUGUCAAAACAAAUGUACAUCCUCCUUUGUUAACAGAGUCGUCUCUCACAGGAAGGAAAACUGUUACCUUUAUUGAUGCUAAACUGUGAAAUGUUACCGACACUAUCCUGAUAUCAAAUUAAAGAUAAAAGGUUAAAAGAAUCUACGAGAUAGUUACAGAAAAUGUCAGCCCUCACUCUUCUGAAAAUAAAUUUAAUAUUGAUGCGUUUAAGGUACAUCGAUGAUAAUGGGAAUGACGGUUGUUAAGUUUUUGAAAUAAAUAUUGUAAU